AUGAGUGACGAUUAUGGCGACUCCGACUGGGAAGGACAGCCCAUGAGCGAGGAGGGCGGCGCCGACUACUCCAGCGGCGGGGAGGACUACGCUUACAGCGAGGACGAGGCCGAGGCAGCCUCGCCGUUGGCCAAGGGCGCAAAGAAGGCGUUCGUCGUGCUCGACAAAGAGGAGCUGCGGGGGCGGCUGGGCGUUGCCGUGGAGCAGGUGGUCGACCUGCUGUGCAUCAGCGACGCUGAGGCCACGCGGGCGCUGCGAUUCUACAAGUGGGACCUCUCCAAGCUGCAGGAGGAGUGGUUCACAGACCCGGAUGGGGUGCGGGGAAAGGUCGGCCUGCUGGACGAGCAGCCCUCCACCAGCAGAAAGGAGGAGACUUGCAAGAUCUGCUUUGAGACCUUCCCGGACUGCUGGCGCGGCUACAUCCACACAUCCAUCUCCUCUGGCCCCUCCUGCCUCGACCUGCGCUGCCCCGACCCAGAGUGCAAGGCGGCGGUACCACGCCGCGUGAUCAAUGCUGUGGUAGAUCAGAGCCACCGUGCUCGGUACGAGGAGUUUGCGGUGAACAGCUUUGUGGACGACCAGCGGCAGAUCGUGUGGUGCCCCGCGCCAGACUGCCAGAACGCGGUGCUGUCGCUGUCGGACCAGCUGGGCGUGGCGCAGGACAUCUUCUGCCGAUGCGGCAACGCAUUCUGCUUCAACUGCAAGGAGGAGGCCCACCGCCCUGUGGACUGCGAGACCGUACGCAAGUGGAUGAUCAAGAACAGCGCGGAGAGCGAGAACCUCAACUGGAUCCUGGCAAACACCAAGCCCUGCCCCAAGUGCACGCGCCCGAUUGAGAAGAACCAGGGGUGCAUGCACAUGACGUGCAGCCAGUGCCGCCACGAGUUCUGCUGGCUGUGCCACGGGCCCUGGGCGGAGCACGGCGAGCGCACCGGCGGCUUCUACAACUGCAAUAGGUUCAAGAAGGCGGUGGAGAAGGGCGAGAUUGACGAGCAGGAGCAGAAGCGGCAGCACGCGCGGCAGUCCUUGGAGCGGUACAUGCACUACUGGCAGCGCUGGGCGGAGAACGACUCGUCCCGCAAGAAGGCUCUGCAGCAGGUGGACAGGUUCAAGAACGAGCAGCAGGAGGUGCUGAGCGAGCGCACCGCCACGCCCACCAGCCAGCUCAAGUUCAUCGUGGUGCACUGCCGCCGCAUCCUCAAGUGGACCUACGCCACCGCCUUCUACACGUUCGAGGAGCCCGCCGGCGCCAGCAAGGAAGCCAAGGAGCGCAUGGCGCAGCACCAGGAGUUCUUCGAGUUCAACCAGGGCCAGGCGGAGCACUACCUAGAGAAGCUGCACCACAAGGUGGAGAAGGACUUGGCUAAGUUCCUGCGGCACAGCAAGACGGCCGCAGAGGAGGAGGCCGGCGGCAGCGGCGCUGCCGCAGGCGACGGCGCAGGCAGCAGCGCCGCAGGCGCCGGCAGCAGCAAGGAGCACGCCACGUGGAACGCCUUCAGGGAGCAGCUGAUUGGCCUGACGGACGUGACGCGCAGCCACUUUGAGAAGCUCGUCAAUGAGUUUGAAAAGGGGCUGGAUGAGGCGCUCAAGGUGUACGACGUUGCCAUAGACGAGGCGGGGACCAGCGUCGCGGCGGCGGAGGCGGCGGCGGCGCAGGCGGCGGCGGCAGAGGCGGCGGCCGCCAAGGGCAAGGCGCCCGCCGCCAGCAGCCGGCGCAUCACGCGCUCCAGCAAGCGGCGGCAGGGCGGCGUGGCUGAUGUGGAGCAGAUGGUGCUCGAGGAGGAGGCCGGAUUCUGGCAGUGCAGGCACUGCACGUAUGCAAAUGAGGAUAUGGGCGGCCCCAAGUGUGACAUGUGUGGGCAGCCGCGCGGCGACGCCGGCUGCCGAUGA